CCUUCUCACUGUCACUCAGCUGAACUCACAUCUCCUGCCAACAUGUCCUACAGCUGCUGCUCUGAAAACUACUCUUCCUGCUCCUUUGGGGGAUACUUGCACUCCCCAAGGUCCUCCUCUGGCUCUUCCUAUCCUAGCAACUUGUUCUGCAGCACUAACCUCUGCUCUCCCAGCACCUCUCAGCUGGACUCUUCCCCCUCCAGUGGCUGUCAGGACACCUGCUAUAAGCCCACUAGCUGCCAGACAUCUUGUGUGGCGUCCAGACCUUGCCAGACAUCCUGCUACCACACAAGGAUCUCCACACUCUGCAGUCCUUGCCAGAUGACUUGCUCUGGGUCUCUGAGUUUUGGGUCCAGCAGCUGUCAUUCCCUGGGCUAUGGAUCCAGAAGCUCCUAUUCACUGGGCUGUGAAUCCCAAGGCUUCAGACCCAUGAAUUAUGGAGUCUGUGGCUUCCCUUCUCUGGGCUAUGGAUCCAGAUUCUGCCACCUAACCUACUUGGCUUCUAGGAGCUGUCAGUCUUCUUGUUACAGACCAACAUGUGGAACUGGCUUCUUUUGA